AUGUUCAAGUUAUUCUUGGUCACCUUCCUAUCCUUUGUUUUAUUUCAACUGACCCAGGCGGUCUCUGUUACCAUUACCAGUCCGAAACCGAAUGAUGUGUUAAAAGCUGGCGAAACCGUCGAGAUCAAGUGGACGAUUGCAGAUAACGCUCAACUCGAUAAUGUUUCGAUUGCCUUAGCUUCGGGCCCUGCACAAGCACUUGUCAUUGAUCAAAUCAUUGCCGCAAGCGCAGAUGCCAAAAAGGGAACUUACAAGUGGACCAUUCCUCAAUCUGUCAAACCAAAGACCAAAUAUGUCAUUGAGAUUGGUCCCAACUCUUCCGAUAUCGCAUUUGCUGGUUACAUCAGCAUCGCUCGUUCUGCUACUACGCCUAGCAAGUCCCAAUCUUCCGCUGUGCCCUCUGCAUCCGCCUCGGCUUCAGGUCACCAUGCAUCCGCUUCUAGCAGUGCUGCUGGAAACAAGCAUAAACCCACUGCCACUCUCCCCUCUUCGAUUGCACCCAAACCCACCGCUAAACCCAAACCCAGCCAUUCUGAAGAAUCCGUCAAGCCCAAGCCUACUGCUUCAGCAUCCAAGGGCGAUGACGAUGACAAGAAGAAGAAGGAUGAUGACAAGAAAAAAGAUGAUGAUAAGAAGAAGGAUGACGACAAGCCCAAGAAGGAGGAUGACAAGCCCAAGAAGGAGGAGGAUGAAAAGUCCAACAAGGAACACGAUAAGGAAGAACCUCGUUACGUUUGCCACGCUUUCCCUGAUGAGAAUGGUGAAAUGACUACUUCCUGCGGUCCUGCUCCUACCGGUGUUUCCAAGCCAUCCAAGCGUGCUGGUACUCUUUUACGCCGCUUGCUUCUCAACAAGUUUUAA